CCCAAAAUUUUGCAAUCGAUUACCCAAUCCCGCACUUGAUACAACCAAUUUUGUAGCCGACCAUAUAAUUUGGUCCACUCAUAUUUGGAGGAUGAAUCUCGACUGUUGGAUUAAGUGUACACCAAAUUGGACUCAUCAUUACUCCAAAAAUCCUAAUAUAAAGAUACUAAACUUGUCGACGCCAUUCAUUCACUCACCUUCUCUUUCUCUCUUUUGCUGCGCACUUAUCCCUACAAUCUAAAAAUCCACUUGCGAUCAAUCCACACAUUCUUCUUCUCUAUUAGCCCUCUACAAUCUUUGUCUUGCUAUUCCUGAUGUGUGGAACUUCCGAGAUCUUCUGUUCCGCUGUCGUCUUGACUCUGUCCAUGCCGUCUUCGAUUCUGGGUGAAAGGGUGAACAAUGGAAUGCAAAUAAGAAAAAACCUACGUCUUCGUGGAGGGCAACAACAGCUAACUUAUUCGCUUCACAGAUUUAUGAUCAAUAUACUAAAGCUCAAAACUCAGUGCAGUCGAGCUCGACUGCUAACCAAAAAAACCCAGAUACAGUUUAGACUUCUUGCAAUACGUGCAAGACACAUUAUGAGUACUCUAAUGGGUAUUGGAAUGAGCUUUUGGGGUAUCUAAGUGUGAACAUCCUUUUAUGGCAACUGAAAUUCCUUGUCCUAAUUUAAAAUCUGUGGGCUCACUUUAUUGGAAUUUCUCUGGGAACACUGAAGAUCAACCAACCUUCUUGAUUCAUGUCAGAAGUGUGCCACUUGCAGCACCGGAAAGCUGUAGGAACAUUGCUCCACCUUUAGAUGCUACCUUAAGAAAUCCAAAAAUGGAGGAGCCAAUUAAGAUCAAUGGUGAGGGUGGUCAUUCAGGUGCUACUUUAACAUGCGCUCAAAGUGAAGAAAAGGCUGGUAGGAAGCGAAACAGUGCAACGACUAAGGAAUCUUAUGAGAACGUAAACCUUGCUAAUUCUGGACAUACAAAGAAAGAACCUCUUAAGAAGUCUAAUACAAAGGGCUUAUCAUGUGAUUCUUUACUUAUAGUUUUUAUUGAGUGUUUGCUCGGGAGAAAAAUGUCAGAAUGGAAGGAAACCGGGUUGAAGUCAGUCAAAGACACAUUUUGGACUUCCUGUCGAACACAAGGAUUUAAAGUCAUGAAUUUCAAUGGUGAAAAUAUUGGAGAAAUCGACGAAGGAUACAAGAGAGGGUCCGCUUGAAGCGGGCCUGAAUUUUAACUACUAAAAGCAGUAAAUAAAGCAAUAAAGAUGAGGUGAACGGAAACGAGCGAAGCGAAAGCGAGAGGUGGAAUUCCAGUGAUAACCAGAUGAUCGGGACAUGAGCGAAAAUGGGGACCAGAUGAUCGGGGCAUGGAUGAAUCGUGGUUACUAGAGGAUCGGGGCGUGAGUGAGCGGCAUAUUAUAUAUAUAUAUGUAUAUGAGCGAAUUAGAGUGAAUGAGAGGUGCUGUGUCUGAUUUGUGCGUUACUAAAUGGAUAGAUUUCCCUGGAUGUAGUGAGCGACUGACGUAAGUGUGUUAUCGGAAGAAUAAAUGUAUAUUAUGAAAAUGAUGAGAGAAAGAUGUUGUAAUUAUAUAAACUAGAUUAUAAAGAACUCAUCGUGUUGGUAUUUUUGACCUGGGGGGAUUUACA